AUGUCAGUUUUGAUGGAACUAGUUAUGGAAAUUGGAGAAGAGGGGGUAUUAAUCUCUCUUUCUGCUAAAAACAAACUAGGAUUCAUCAAUGGUUCAUGCCAAAAGCCAGUUGAGAACUCACCUCUGUUUGCACUGUUUGCACAGUGGAGGAGAUGCAAUGACAUGGUCAUUACUUGGCUGUUAAACUCCUUAAGAAAGCAUAUAGCAGAGAGUGUUAUUUACUCUCAGACAGCUGAAGAACUUUGGGCUGAGCUAGAACAAAGAUAUGGCCAGGCUGAUGGUGCAAAGCUGUUCCAGCUGCAAAGAGAACUUAACAACAUUUUGCAAGGAACAAAUGAUGUUGCAGCAUACUUUACUAGGCUCAAAAGAAUAUGGGAUCAAAUGAAAGUUCUUAGUACCUUCAUGAAUUGUGGGUGUGAGUGCAAAUGUGGAGCAAAAGCUCACGAUCACAAAAUGAAUGAAGAUAAAAAACCUAAUCCAGUUCUUGAUAGGGCUUUAUGA